UAUAAAUAAGGCAGGGAGACGGCCAUGGUCCGCCAUUUCGUGGACGCCGGGUAAGGUGGAGCAACGGUGGGAGUCCGGCCUGAAGGGAGCGGGAAGCGGGACGAUCCAUCGGGGCGUGAGGACUUGAGCCUCCGCACUUUAACUCUAGAUUUCGAAAUGCAUCGUGAUUCCUGUCCGUUGGACUGUAAGGUUUAUGUAGGUAAUCUUGGAAACAAUGGCAACAAGACUGAAUUGGAACGGGCUUUUGGCUAUUAUGGACCACUCCGAAGCGUGUGGGUUGCUAGAAACCCUCCUGGCUUUGCUUUUGUUGAAUUUGAAGAUCCUCGAGAUGCAGCUGAUGCUGUCCGAGAACUAGAUGGAAGGACACUGUGUGGCUGCCGUGUGAGAGUGGAACUGUCCAAUGGUGAAAAAAGAAGUAGAAAUCGUGGCCCACCUCCCUCUUGGGGUCGUCGCCCUCGAGAUGAUUAUCGUAGGAGGAGUCCUCCACCUCGCCGCAGAUCUCCAAGGAGGAGAAGCUUCUCUCGCAGCCGGAGCAGGUCCCUUUCCAGAGAUAGGAGAAGAGAGAGAUCACUGUCUCGGGAGAGAAAUCAUAAGCCCUCCCGAUCCUUCUCUAGGUCUCGAAGCCGAUCUAGGUCAAAUGAAAGGAAAUAGAAGACCAGUUUGCAAGAGAAUGGUGUACAGGAGAUAACUUCAUUUGACAGGAGUAUGUACAGAAAUUUCAAGUUUUGUUUGAGACUUCAUAAGCUUGGUGCAUUUUUAAGAUGUUUUAGCUGUUCAAAUUUGUUUGUCUCUUGGAACAGUGACACAAAAAGUAUAAUUCUCUAUGGUUUGAAAUGGAUCAUAUGAGGCAUGUAAUACCAAGAAUUGUUACUUUACAAUGUUCCCUUAAGCAAAAUUGAAUUUGCUUUGAAUUUUAGUUUUGCAUAGACUGAUAAUAAACCUCUAAAUCCUGCCCACCUAAAGUGUGAUUUAUUUUUUUUUAUACAUAGAAACAAAACUGGCAAAUUGAAUGAAGAUUUACUUUUUCCCCCAUGUCUGGGAUAUUGUAUGUAACUAUAGUUGAACAAGCAGUCUUUAUAAAGCUGCUGUAAAACAAGCCAGCAGCUACAUCAUUGUACUAAAUUAGAGGUUUAUGAAAAAUCCAACUAGUUUUCACCCUGGGCAGAGAUUGCCUACUACUAUAGAAUCCGAUAAAUUCUAAGAAACUUUUCUUUGCUUUAGGAAAGAAAGUAAGUUCCUUAUGUAAUAGUUAUAUAUCAAAAUACCAAUGUCCUGCCAGUUUAAGGGUACAUUGUAGAGCCAAACUUUGAGUUACUGUGCAAGAUAUAUUUUUUUUUUUUAUGCUGUCAUUUGUAAUAUGUUUUGUGAGAAUCCUUCGGAUUAAAGUUUUGGUUACAAUUGUUGUUUAACUUGAAAGCCUGUUUUUCCUUGCAAACUCAAAUCUGUGAGCUUGGUACAAAGUCCAGGUAUAACAUUCCUAUUGGAAGCCAUACUUAUAUUUUCUUGUAAAGUGCUUUUGAAUUAAUAAAAUAUUAGCAUAAUUGUGUAAUAGUCAGUUGAACCCACUGUUAACAUUGUUCUUAUCCCAGGGGAAGCAGUUGGUUACACAAUUCUUAUUUUAUGAGAAACAAAACUGAGAAGCACUGUGGAUUAGUUUUCUGAAGUGACAGGAACAUUUAGUUGUCACCUAAGUGAUUAUUAACAGUUACCCCUUUGAGGAGUAGAAGCCAGUUCAAGGUCCAUGAUAGUGACCAACAUUUUAAAACUUAGCAACCUGGAAUAUUGUAACUCAGAAUUGCCCGUUUAAAAAUGGGUUUAGUCUUUAGCAUGAGAAGUUUCCACAAAGUCUUAAAAGUUGGUUCCAUUUUAUAAUUUGAGGUGUUGCAUGGGAAUUCUAAACCAGUCCAUCAUGAUGUAAAGUUCACAAUAUGGUUCAAAUGUAACAGUGCAGAAUUGAAUAUGGAGGCAUGCAUAACCUUCCUUUUAGAAGAUGGGAGGAGUUGUAAUUCCAAAUUUUUGUGCAAUUAGAUUAAAUCAUAAUGUAACAGU